AUGGACGUGCCUAAUGUCUUGAAGAGGCUGAGUUCUGUACCCUCUGGAUGGUACAUAGCUGUACAGGUUCAGCCUGAAGAUGAUCAUCUGUAUCACCUCUCCUACAAGUUGGCAUUGAACUGGUGUCGUCUGCCUGGGAGUUAUGAGGAGACAUUUGCCAUGCUGGUGUGGAGAACAGGGCUGCAGAAAAGCAUUUGCUCUGUGGAGAAACAAGCCCUACUUGAUGUCACCGAAAUGAUCAGAAAAGCCGAGUCAACGGUUGAGGAGAAGGAGGCCAGGGGGAUGAUCAUCUGCAUAGAUAGGGAGUUGAAUAACAUGAAGAAUGAGGACUGGUAUGAAAUGCCAUUUUUAAAUCAGAGGAUUUUUGAAACGGAGCCAAUGAUGGGACGAGCGCUUGGAAAUCCAAAAAAUUUAGAGGGAAUAGGAACAGUUACGGCUCUGGCGGCAGUUCGAACUGACAUGGACUACAUCAUCAUCAUCAUGGGAACGGAGGGAGGCCCUGUGAAAAAGUUGGUAGCGAAUGAGAGAAAUCAUAACAUGGAUUUGCGCGACUUGGUGAAUGGAUCUUCGAUUCUCUCCCUCAAUCAUGUCAUGCAGGGAGACUCAUCUGCUAUUCUUAUUCUCACGCAGGAACAGAUGUUUCCCUGUGCCGUGACAAAAUAUCUUUUCCUCAUGAUUUCCAAAAGCAAUGCCUCCAUUCCUUCCUUGGCCGCAAAUUGUCAUAAUGGUUCACUCGAUAACCUGGGAUAA